ACAAACGAAUAUAAUUGUUUCGUUAGUAUUGGCAACUAACUUUUGCAGAAGACUUUUGGUAUCAGAUAAACUUUUGGUAUCAGAAGAACGUUGGUUAUUCUCCAUUGCACAAAAUGCAUAUUGGCAAAUGUUACAUAAGCGAUCAUUUCACGAGUAUUUAUACGUACAAGAUCGCGCAGUGCAGCAGUAGUCGGCUGUUGAAUGUCAACGGCGCAUAGUCAAAUCUUACUACGAUCUUACUUUUGAUUAUUUUGUAACAUAUAGUCAAUAGGCGAAGCAAGUAAAUUAUAAUUAAAUUCCGUAAGUUCACCGCAUAAAUAUCGGGCAGAUACCGAUUCCGUCAGAAUCGUGGAAUUUAUAAGUGAAUAUAAUUCGACAUAACGUCAUACAGCGCAUCAGUCAGUUUAGUGCGAAAAAAUUCAUUAAACAUGAUGUAUGCGAUUGCCUUCUCGGUGAUAGCCGGCGCCUUGGGUCUUUAUUAUCUCCUCUUCAAGAAUCUGAACGUGUUCAAAAAGCAUAAUAUACCGUACAUGCAGCCACUCCCAAUCGUAGGCAACAUGGGGUCGAUGAUUCUGCGUAAGCAGUGCUUUGCCGAUAUCUUGAAGAAUAUAUACGACCUACAUCACGAGGCUAAGUACACCGGUAUAUUUGAGUAUUCAUUGCCGACAAUAUUGCUACGUGACCCUGAGCUCAUCAAGUCCAUCACGCUCCAACAAUUCAACAUAUUCCCGAAUCAUCACAACUUCAUCAGCAAGGAUCAAGAUCCAUUGAUCGGAAAAAAUCUCUUCGGCCUAAACGACAAGAGAUGGCGGGCAGUGCGAGGCAUACUAAGCCCUGCCUUCACUUCCAGCAAAGUAAAGAGCAUGUUCAAGCUGAUGUCGGACUACGCUGCUGAGUUCGCUAAUUUCAUAGCGCAACUACCGCCGGACCAGAGCGUGAUAGAAGCUAAGGAUACCUUCACACGAUAUACCAACGAUGUGAUCACAGCCUGCGCUUUCGGCAUCAACGUUGAUUCUAUGCGAGACCCGAAGAACCUCUUCUAUGUGUACGGCAAUGAAGCGGCUAAUUUCAACACCGUCUUCUUCUUGAAAAUGCAAGUAAUCAGAAUGCUGCCAUGGCUGGCAGCUCUGCUCAGACUGAAGUUAUUUCCCAAAGAAGUCGAGAAAUUCUUCUGCGACUUUGUGGAGACUAUCAUUAAGAUCAGAAACGAGAAAGGUAUCUUCCGACGUGACAUGUUGCAGCUGAUGAUGGAAAAUAGGAGAAAGAAAGAAGGUUGGAAGGAAUUGACGAUCGAGGACAUAACCAGCCAGGCUUUUCUUUUCUUUCUUGGUGGCUUUGACCCUACGUCGAGGUUGAUGUGUUUCGCUAUGUACGAGAUUGCCGUGAAUGAGGACGUGCGGAAAAGACUGCAGAACGAGAUAGAUCAGGUACUGGAAGACACAAAUGGCGAAGCAGCGUAUGAAGCGAUCAACAGCAUGGAAUACCUAGGCGCUGUGAUAAACGAGGCUCUCAGGAUGUAUCCGAUUUCCGUACGAACGGACAGAGUAUGCAUAAAGGAUUUCGUAUUGCCGCCGACGUUACCGGGUGCGAAACCUUUUAUCGUAAAGAAAGGGGGUGUCGUGAUGAUUCCAAUUUUUGGGCUUCAUCAUGACCCUAAAUAUUUCAAGAAGCCGGAGAAGUUUGAUCCUGAACGGUUUCUCGGCGAACAAAAGAAGGCCAUCCUGAACACUAGAGCAUAUCUCCCGUUUGGUUUGGGUCCCAGGAUGUGCAUAGCUAGUCGAUUUGUCUUGUUGGAGACGAAAGUAUUACUCUUCCACAUGUUGGCACGUUGCGACCUGCUACCUUGCGAGAAGACUCCGAUGCCGCUCAAAUUAGCCAAAAAGGGUUUGAUCAUGGAGCCUGAAGGUGGAUUCUGGUUGAAAACAGUACCGAGAAAGAAGAUACAUCGCUCUGUAACAGUUAAAACUGCGAACGGCACACGCGAACUUGAGACCAUAAGCAAGAUGAGAAUCGAAAAUAAUAGAAGACAGUCACUAGCAAGGAAAUCGCAGCACGCAGCGGCUUGACGGUAGCGUGCGAAUCUCAGCCAAUGGGAACACAGUAUCCGGGAGCCACAGGACGAAUGUCAGUUAAUUGCCUGCGAGCGUCUGUUCGUAUAUAGAAGCGCAUAAGAAACAUAUUUCUAUCCUAGCAUCCGUUAAUUCUUUGUAUGCUUGUCAGUCGUAGGUUUCAAUAUUAAACAUUUAUAGUGUUUUCGGUGAUUCUCUUCUCUGUAUCCCAUAUUAUUUAUAAAUGUAGAAUUUUAUGUUAGUUCUUGUUAUAGUUAAAAAAAUAUAUUUAGUUGAUUAUAUUUUAACAAGCAAAUAGUUAAAAAAAUAUAUUUAGUUG